GUAAGAUACAAUCACCAACAAAACACCCGUAUACUAUAACCGCAAGCAUGUCGCCCUCAAGGGGCAAUACAACUGAUGAACCUACACCCUCAUCUACGUCACCCCAAUCUCAGUCCCUCACUGCAACUGAGCGAACCGCUCAACUCCGCAGUUCCAGCGCUCUCACCUCUAUCACCCAAAACAUCCAAUACCUUAUCUCUCCCAGUUCCCAUACCUCCCCAAAACCCGUUCGAUUUCGUACCCGCGCUCUUCUUCGGACCCUUCACUCGAUAACUGUCUUUAUAUUCUGGCGUGUUAUCCGGUAUGCCAAGUAUGCAGUUGUGGGUUCCAUCGUCGCAGCGCUAUCUGCUACUACCAUUGGAAGUUUUGCGACGGGGAUAGGGUGGGUUGUUGCGCCUACGGGGCUCAUAGGAGUCUUGGGAAUGAGUAGUCUGUGGUGGGUAGGGAAAUGGGGAUUUAGUAAGACGAAAAUGGGAAAAAGGUGGGAGAGGAAAGUGGAGGAGGAGGCAGAUAGGCUUGAGAGGGAGGACAGGGAGACGAGGAAGGAGCAAGUGAAGACGGAUGGGCAGUGGCGGGAUGUUACGGGACCAAAAGCUGUGCCAUGGUAGGUUGUAUCAAGCAUUCAUAGCUGGAAUGCUCUAUCUAAUAUCGAGAAUGAAGACGUGGAUGGGAAGAUGAAUGUACAAAAUGCAAUAUUACAAUACUUUGAGGAUGGAACGUAUCGCGAACCAUGUAAACAAACCCCUCUGUAUUCCAUAAAUUCUAUUUUGCCUAGCACCAUACACUUUAUUUUUCACGCA